UCACAUGGUUUACAAAAAUAAAAAUCUGUAUAUUUCACAUGUGAUUUACAAUUGAUUUUUAAUAAAAAAAAUCAUUCUUUUCACUAUGAUGAUUAUCUCAUUACUUGGACCAUUAACAUUUCGAAUAAAAUUGAUUGCACCAUACCGAUCAUGUGCCACCAUCACAACAAUCUUUAGUGAACCAAAUAAAUUUAAAAGUAAAUUCGAUUAUUCAUAUGUACCAGCGGUGUUGAGAGAUAUUGAAAACAAAUGGAAAAAUAAAGUCGAUGGAUAUUGGAAUAAUGUUGUUUCAAAACAACAAACAACUUCCGAUACAAAAUACGUAUUGUCAAUGUUUCCAUAUCCAAGUGGACAGCUGCAUUUAGGCCAUACUCGAAUCUAUACAACGGCAGAUUUGCUUUUUAAAACCAGUUUUUUAUGUGGCGAAAAUGUUGUGAAUCCUAUGGGGUUUGAUUCAUUUGGAUUACCAGCUGAAAAUGCUGCUAGAAUCAACAAUCAGGAUCCAUUUGUUUGGACCAAUUCGAAUAUGAAACAAAUGAAAAGUCAACUAAAAAAUCUUGGUUAUCAUUUUCAUUGGCGUGAAAGUACAUCGGAUCCUUCGUAUUAUCGUUGGACACAAUGGCUUUUUUUGGAACUAUUCAAAUCUGGCCUAGCAUAUCAAGGAAUUAGUCAAGUAAAUUGGGAUCCAAUCGAUUGUACAGUAUUGGCAGAUGAACAAGUUGAUUCCGAUGGUAAAAGCUGGCGAAGUGGUGCUAUUGUAGAGAAACGAUUCCAUAAACAAUGGUUCAUUAAAACGAAUGCCUUUGCCGAAGAUUUAUAUGCAGGUGAUGAUAUUAUCGAUACUGGUCAUUGGAGUUUUAUUCUAGCUCAUCAAAGAUGGUGGAUACAAAAACCAAAUGGUUAUUUAUUCUAUUUGACUAUGAGCGAAAAUGAUAAAUCCGGUUUGGAUAAUAUUUUACAAAUAUUCACACCAUAUCCAGAAUUAUUUUGUACGCCGAAAGCUUUCAUUGGAAUUUCGAAACAACAUUGGCUUUCAUAUGGUAAAAAACCUGGUGAAAUUGUAGGACAAAUUAGAAAUCCUUUUCUUAAAUCCAAUGAAAAGAUUGAUAUCAGAUUGAUUGAUGAUGAAAAUUUUCCACCAUCAACACAAGCAACAUUGUUUACGGCAAGAGAAACGCAUCCAGAUGAAACAAAACGAUCAGAAGUAUUGAAUCGAGCUAGUUCACUGGGACUUGGUGGAUAUUAUACUUCACGUUCAUAUCGAGAUUGGUUAAUUUCACGUCAACGUUUCUGGGGAACACCGAUUCCAAUUGUUCAUUGCAAGAAUUGUGGUCCAGUUCCUGUUGAUGAUCAAGACUUGCCAAUACAAUUGCCUCACAUUGAUUAUUCGAAAAUAUCCAGUUUUACAAGCACAGAUAUUUCUAGUCCAUUGAAAAAUUUUGCACCCAAUGAUUGGCUUAGUGUUGAAUGUCCAAAAUGUAAAACUGAUGCGAUACGUGAAACCGAUACAUGUGAUACAUUUUUUGAUUCAUCAUGGUAUUUUUUACGAUAUUUUACCAAACCUAGUGACCGAAAACCUUUUGAUAAAAUUCGUUUGAGACCUGUUGAUUGUUAUAUCGGUGGCAAAGAACAUUCAGCAUUACAUUUGUUCUAUGCUCGUUUUAUCACACAUUUUCUUCAAUCAAAAGGAUAUCUGGAAUUUCGUGAACCAUUUCAUACGUUACUCAUGCAGGCUAUUGUAAAGGCACGUACAUAUAAAUUGAAUGGAAAAUACAUCACUGCAAUGGAAGCUGAAGAUCGAAAAGAUGUGGAAGUUACGUUUGAAAAAAUGUCCAAAUCAAAAGGCACCGGAAUUGAUCCUGAUUUACUGGUACAACAAUACAGUUCGGAUGCAGUCAGAUGGACUAUACUUUCGGUUGGAAAUCCUGAAUCCGAACGACUAUGGGAUAGUGAAGAGAAAGAAUUUGGUCCAACUUUUGUAUUCUUUCAUCGAAUACUAUUGACCAUUGAAGAAUAUUUGGCCGUCAAAUGUGGUCAAUUAAAAACCAAGCCAUUGGAUGCAGGAAAAUAUGAUGAAAUCAUAAAAGAUUUCAGUAAGCAAACUGAUCAUCAUAUUUUCAAUGUUUUAUAUUCGAUAUGUUCAAGUUAUCAAAUUCGAAAUGGUACAUCAACGAUACAUAAAUUGAUCAAUCUAUUACGAGCCAAUAUUCGAAACGAUAUUGUCCAUACAAAAGAAUAUGAACGUGCAUUAGCAUCAUUGAUCAUAAUGUUAUCACCAUUUGUACCAUGUUUUGCUUCCGAAUGUUGGCAAGCAUUUACAAGUCAAUUGAAAGCGAAUGAAUAUUGCAAAUCGUAUGGAUUCGAUUAUAGCAAAAAUGUUGUCGAACAAAAAUGGCCAAAAAUAAUUGAUUCGAAUUUUAUGUACAUUGUUCGUUUCACUUGUCGUAACGAGAAUGGUCGUGAAGAAGAGAAAAAACGUAUCAAAAUACCAUUGAAAUUAUUACAAUCAUGGUCUGUGAAUGAAAUUCGAAAUUUAUUCAAAUCAAUUGAUGAACAUAUUGAAUGGAUUGAGAUUGUGAAAAAUUGUUCAAUAGUAAUACGAUUGAAAAAUCAAUCCAUUGAUAUACCACCGAUUCGUGAUGAGUUUGUUGAUGCUUGA